AUAUAGACAUUACUACGCAGACCAUUCCUCUACUUGAUGAAGUGAUAUCGAAUUUUCACUCUAGUCCUCACAGAUGGUACAGGCGGUACCCAGGUGCUUGGUAGUGAGAGGAUAUAUGACGACUGUAGCAGUUACGCAUAAACUGUCUACUACAUUGAAAGUUGACAUGGUAUUUGCCUUUGGUGUAAGCCCGAGCAGAUAUGGGUUGUGGUCGUGGAGCAGGAAAGUCAUCAGGAAUUGCUACGGGAUAACGAGAUGUGUUGGGCAGACGUGUCAGGACAAUGCCCUCGAUCGAUAA